AUGAGCGAUGGCGGGUGGAUCUCGCUCAGCCCCACCGAGUUUGCCCAGCUCCAGCAGUACACGGACUACUCCACCAAGAAGCUCAAGGAUGUCCUGCAGGAGUUCCACGGGGACGGCGUCCUCUCGAGGUACAACCCCGAAGAGCCCAUCGACUACGAGGGCUUUCGCCUCUUCAUGAAGACCUACCUAGAGGCGGAUGUGCCCGAGGAGCUUUGCCAACACCUCUUCACCUCCUUCAAGCGUAAGAUAUGCCAAGCCUCCCCCGAGACCCAGCGUCAGAGCCCCGGCGUCUCACAGCUCAACACCCUCGAGCCCAAGUCACUCAAUGCCGGCAUCUCCAUCCAGACAGAGGUGGCCUAUGCCCCUGCCGCAGGGAUCAAUGGGAAAAUGCUCCUAAGUGCCCUGGGACGACACACUCCCGAGCCCAAGAGCUGCCACAGCAACGCGGCUGAGCUGCAGCCGGCAUCCCUCACCCCGGCAUCGAUCCCCAAUGCCUCCCCGAGCUGGUCCAGGUCAUCCUCCCAGAAGUCCACCACCGGCACCCCUUCUGCUCACAACUCCUCGGGCUCUUCGAAGAUCUCCUCCGGGUCCCUGCUCAGUCCUCAGUCGCCAGGCACGAGGACUGUGGAGAAGAGGUUACCCUUCAGCCUGCGGAAGAGCCACAGCUCCCUGAAAGCCACCCCCCCACCACCCCCCACCCCCCUGGCCCAGGUGGUCCACCUGAAGGACAUCGUCUGCUACCUGUCCCUGCUGGAGAGGGGACGGGCAGAGGACAAGCUGGAGUUUAUGUUUCGCCUCUACGAUACUGAUGGAAAUGGCCUCCUGGAUAGCUCGGAGCUGGAUCGUAUCAUCAACCAGAUGGUGCACGUGGCUGAGUACCUGGAGUGGGAUUCCACCGAGCUGAAGCCCAUCUUGAAGGCAAUGAUGGAGGAGAUUGACUACGACCAUGACGGGACCGUGACGCUGGAGGAGUGGAUCCGGGGUGGCAUGACCACCAUCCCUUUACUGGUCCUCCUGGGGAUGGAGACGAACGUGAAGGACGAUGGGCAGCAUGCCUGGAGGCUGAAGCACUUCAAGAAACCUGCCUACUGCAACUUCUGCCGCACCAUGCUGCUGGGGGUCCGCAAGCAGGGCCUCUGCUGCUCCUUCUGCAAGUACACCGUCCAUGAGAGGUGCGUGUCCAAAGAUAUUGCCUCCUGCAUCAGCACCUACGUGAAAUCCAAGAGAAACACGAGUGUGAUGCAGCAUACCUGGAUUGAGGGCAAUUCCCCCGUCAAGUGCGACAGAUGCCACAAGAGCAUCAAGUGCUACCAGGGCAUCACUGGCCUGCACUGCGUCUGGUGCCAAGUCACUCUCCACAAUAAAUGUGCCUCCCACGUGAAGCCGGAGUGCGAUGGGGGCCUGCUGCGGGACCACAUCUUGCUGCCUUCCUACAUCUGCCCCGUCGUCCUGGACAGGCAGUCCCACUGCCGGAGAUCGGAGAGCGACUCCCCUGCCAGCACUAGCCCUGAGGACAACCAGGCCUUCAAGUUCAACUCCACCACGGUGGAUGGGCAAGGACUGCAGAUCAGCCCCCGGCCCGGGACGCACCCUCUCCUGGUGCUUGUGAACCCCAAGAGUGGAGGAAGACAAGGGGAGCGGGUCCUCCGGAAAUUUCACUACCUGCUCAACCCACGCCAAGUGUACAACCUAGACCGCGGCGGGCCCGCGCCGGGGCUGAGCUUCUUUCGGGACACUCCGGAUUUCCGCGUCCUGGCCUGCGGAGGGGACGGCACAGUGGGCUGGAUCCUAGACUGCAUAGACAAGGCGAACUUGGUGAAGCACCCACCGGUGGCUGUCCUGCCCCUGGGAACAGGCAAUGACCUGGCCCGGUGCCUGCGCUGGGGAGGAGGCUAUGAAGGAGGCAAUCUGAUGAAGGUCCUGAAAGACAUCGAGCACAGCACGGAGGUGAUGCUGGACCGCUGGCAGAUAGAUGUCAUUCCCACUGACAGAGAGGCCAAUGGAGACCCUGUCCCGUCCACCAUCAUCAACAACUACUUCUCCAUCGGGGUGGACGCCUCCAUCGCCCACCGCUUCCACGUCAUGCGAGAAAAGCACCCCGAGAAAUUCAACAGCAGGAUGAAGAACAAGCUGUGGUACUUCGAAUUCGGGACGUCGGAGACCUUUGCAGCCACCUGCAAGAAGCUCCACGACUACGUUGAGGUGGAGUGCGACGGGACCCUGCUAGACCUGAGCAACGCGUCCCUGGAGGGCAUCGCCGUCCUCAACAUCCCCAGCAUGUACGGUGGCUCCAACCUCUGGGGCGAGACCAAGAAGCAGCGCAGUUACAACCGGCUGGGCAAGAAAGCGCCGGAGAAGCUGCACGCCACGGUGGUCACUGACACCAAGGAGCUCAAGUUCUGCGUGCAGGACCUCAGCGACCACCUCUUGGAGGUGGUGGGGCUGGAGGGUGCGAUGGAGAUGGGGCAGAUCUACACGGGGCUGAAGAGCGCUGGAAAGAGACUGGCCCAAUGUUCGUCCGUCACCAUCAGGACAUCCAAGCUGCUGCCCAUGCAGGUGGACGGGGAGCCCUGGAUGCAGCCAUCCUGCACCGUCAAAAUUACACAUAAAAGCCAAGUGCCGAUGCUGUUGGGCCCCCCACAGAAGAGCAGCUUCUUUUUCCUGAAGAGGAGAAACCGAACUCGAGAUUAA